AUGAGAGCCACGCACCUGAAGCCUGACAUUGUAAGAUUGUACCUUAAGCCACUGCUCAUCGGAGAGCUUGCCCCGGGAGAGCCCAGCCAGGAAAGAAACAAAAAUUCCCAGUUGGUGGAAGAUUUCCAAGAAUUGCAAAGAACAUUAGAGGCCAUGAACAUGUUCAAGGCCAACUGGGUGUUCCUCUUCCUUCACUUGACCCAGAUCUUGAUUUUGGAGACCUUGGCUUGGCUAAUGGUGUGGCAUUUUGGCAAUGGCUGGCUUGUGACAAUAUUCAUUUCCUUCCUUCUCGUAAUUUCCCAGGGUCAGAGUUCAUUUCUGCAGCAUGACACAGGACACCUUUCCAUGUUUACGAAGUCCAAGUGGAACCACCUGAUGCAGAAAUUUCUGUUGAGUCAUCUCAAGGGCCUAUCAACAAAAUGGUGGAAUUACCAACACUUCCAACAUCAUGUAAAACCAAACAUCUACCCCAAAGACCCAGAUAUUAAUGUGGGCCCACUUUUCCUGGUUGGAGAUUUACAACCUGUCAAGUAUGGCAAGAAGAAAAUCAAAUACAUUGACUAUGAAAAGCAGCACCUGUAUUUCUACAUGGUUGGGAUCCCUCUCCUCAUACCUGUAUAUUUCAACAUGAAAUCCGUGCAACUGAUGUACUUCCAAAGAUAUUGGGAUGACAUUGCCUGGGUCAGCAGCUUUUACAUCCGCUAUUUCAUCACAUUAGGCCCUUUCUAUGGAAUCUUCGGAACCAUGUUGCUCAUAUAUGUGGUCAAGUUUCUUGAAAGUCCCUGGAUGACAUAUGUUACCCAAAUGAGCCAUAUACCAAUGAAAAUGAGCACAGAGGAGAACCGGAACUGGUUCAGCACCCAGGUCUUGGCCACCUGUAAUGUUGAACAGUCCUUUUUCAAUGACUGGUUCACUGAGCACCUGAACUUCCAAAUCGAGCACCAUCUGUUUCCCACAAUGCCACGCCAUAAUUAUCACAAGGUGGCACCCCUGGUGAGGUCACUGUGUGCCAAGCAUGGAUUGCCGUAUGUGAGUAAGCCCAUGUUGGAAGCAUUUGGAGAUAUUGUCCGGGCCUUGAAGAAAUCUGCAGCCCUCUGGAGAGAUGCUUAUUACGAAACAGGAAACAGAUCAUCAGCCUUAACACACACGUAG